AGAAUACCUAAACUGAAAAUCCAACCCAAAAGGCCUCAGCAGCUCUCUCCCUUAUGAUGGUUUUUCAAACCGAGGGCGAGGGGUUUGUUGUAUUGUAUGCAUAAUCUCUUUCCCUAGAAGAAAGAAAAUAAAAAAACAUUAAGGAAAAGGAAAGAGAACCAAUUACUGCUUCCAAUCUAUCUCUCUCUCUCUCUCUCUCUCUCUCUCUCUCUACUCUUUCGAUCUACCCUUUCCACGUUUCUGACAACCUUUUUUUUUCUGUCAGAACAUUCCAAAUCUGUUUCAUUGGUUCUCAGUCUAAUCCAUAUAAAAAUGGUUAUUUUCAGCAACAGAUGAAUUAUCAUAGACAGAGGGCUAAAAGAAUCCCUCCGACAUAUUGAAUACAAGGUUAUUACAUACCCAUCAAAUCGUUCAAAUCGUUAGAUGUUUUACACCCCUGCAGAUUAAUGUCCCCAUUCAUCAAUGAGUAUUUGAUUUGUGGAGUCUGUUACUUGGAUUUUGUAAUUGUAGGGAAGCUAGAGGAAACACCAAGAUUAGAUCUUGUUCACAAACAUAUACUCGAUGAAUAAUUUAAUUGCUGGAUCAUUUGGUUGAGAAUAUGUAAGGGAUGGUAUCAACUACGCUAAUGAAGCUUGUGGCACCGUGUUGGAAACCUUCUGUUGAGGGUGAAAAUUCUAAUAAUAGAGGCGGGGACGUGAGUGGUCGGCUUGAUGGUUUGUUGUGGCACAAAGAUUCAGGACACCAUGUUAACGGGGAUUUCUCAAUGGCGGUAAUUCAAGCAAACAAUUUGUUGGAAGACCAUAGCCAACUUGAAUCAGGGCCACUGAGCUCGCUCGAAUCAGGUCCUCAUGGAACAUUUGUUGGAAUUUAUGAUGGACAUGGAGGUCCAGAAGCAUCCCGGUUUUUAAAUGAGCACUUGUUCAACAAUUUUAAGACUAUUCAUGGUGCAGAAUUCACAUCAGAGAAUCAGGGUAUGUCCGCUGAUGUUAUCACCAAAGCAUUUUUGGCAACUGAAGAGGAAUUCCUCUCUCUAGUAAAGAAGCAGUGGAUAAUUAAGCCACUGCUUGCUUCUGUUGGUUCAUGUUGUUUGGUAGGCGUAGUAUGUAGUGGGCUGCUAUACAUAGCAAAUGCGGGAGAUUCUCGGGUGGUUUUAGGAAGACUGGAAAAGACCGUUAAACAGGUAAAAGCUGUUCAGUUAUCAAUCGAACACAAUGCAAGUAUAGAAUCUGUGAGAGAGGAACUGCGCUCGUUGCAUCCCGAUGAUCCACAGAUUGUGGUACUAAAGCACAAGGUGUGGCGCGUGAAGGGUUUGAUACAGGUUUCAAGGUCCAUUGGCGAUGCCUACCUGAAGCGGCAAGAAUUUAACAAAGAACCUCUAUUGGCAAAGUUUAGACUAUCAGAACCCUUCCACAAGCCGAUCCUUAAAGCUGAGCCAACAAUAUUAGUCCAAAAACUCUACCCUGAAGAUCAGUUUCUCGUAUUUGCAUCAGAUGGCCUAUGGGAGCAGUUAAGCAGUCAAGAGGCAGUUGACAUUGUCCAGAACUAUCCGCGUAAUGGUAUUGCAAGGAAACUUGUCAAAGCUGCGCUUCACGAAGCAGCCAAGAAGAGAGAAAUGAGAUACUCCGACUUAAAAAAGAUCGACCGAGGGGUGAGGAGACAUUUUCAUGAUGAUAUCACAGUGGUAGUGCUGUUCCUAGAUUCGCAUCUGGUCAGUCGUAGCCACUGGCAUGGGCCUCUGCUUUCAGUUAAGGGAAGUGGCGGUGUCCCUGCCAGCACCUAGAUUGGGAGGUUCAGAACUUCAGAUGAUCUAUCACUCAAACCCCUGGUUUCUUCGUUUGUACUAAGAAACAAAAAGCUUUUGUUUUCUUUACAAAGAGGAGAGUUAAAGGCAGAAUUUUGGGUCUUUUUUUACAUCUUUUCUUUUUUCUCCUUCUUCUGAUGUAUAGCUGUGCUUCAUGAAUUUUUUUAUUUGUUUUUUUUUAACAUAAUACCACAAGAAAUUUCAGUAUA